GGAAACGUCGAUGCGGAAGUUUAAUUCACUUUAGAGUAUCGUGUCUUCAGAGUUUCACCUUUUGGUUUCGGUUUGUUUUUCACACGGUGUCUUCAUAACUAACCACAAAACUGACAAAAUGUCAGCAAAAUGGCUAGAGAGACUUGACCGUCUUUUCCAAAAAUACCAGGAAUAUGUAACGAAGAACCCUUCAGCCACGUCGCAUCUGGAAAGCACUGUCCGAACACUUUCGUAUCUCAUUGCAGGUCGGUUUUCUGACUCCCAUGAACUCUCUGCGCUAGUGUAUUCCGCCUCCAACCUGCUGGUCCUGCUGAAUGAUGGGAUAUUGCGCCGGGGUCAGAGCCGAGCUCUUCCUGCGUCUCUGUCUGAGCAGAGGCUGCUCACCUGGCUGUCGGUGCUGGAGUACCUGGAGGUCUUCAUUGAGCUGGGUGCCAGCAGGCUGUGGGGGGAAGUGGGCCGAUGGCUGGUCAUCGUCCUCCUCCAGAUCAGCAAAGCCAUCCUGAGAAUCCUGCUGCUGUUCUGGUACAAGUCCGGGAUCCAGACAUCUCCACCCAUCCUCCCCUUGGACAGAGAGAGGCAUCUCAGAAGCUUGGAUGAGGAGAGUGAAGGUGCAGAGAUGGAGCCCACCUUCGUGGGGCAGCGAUCCGGAAGGGUGGUGCGGCCGCUGAGCGGUGAGCCCGCCCUGCACACCCGUCUGUGGGGAGCCCCUCGGCAGGAGAGGAGGAGGGGCAGGCCCCAGGAGGACCCGCACCCAGCCUCCACUCCGCUGGGUCUGCAGGAGACUAUCGCUGAGUCUAUGUUCAUCAGCCGACCGCUGGUCCACUUGCUCUGCCUCCGGCUUUGUGGGAGGAAAUCGUGGAAGCCCUGGCUCAUUUCGGCUCUCUUGGAAGUAACAAGCUUCGGCCUCAUGAGUGAAACGAAGUCUCUGAAUGGUCCGGAGCGAGCGGAGAUGAGACGCAGAGCGCUACUGCUCUGCUUCUACCUGCUCAGAUCCCCCUUCUACGACCGAUACUCUGAGACAAAGAUUCUGUUUCUGCUCAGAUUUCUCACAGACCAAAUACCAGGUUUUGGAUUCCUCACACGUCCUCUGAUGGACUACCUCCCAGUCUGGCAGAAGAUUUACUUUUACAAUUGGGGGUGAGAUCAUCGCAUAUGGAUGUGUUACACAAGGAAAAAAGGCUUCAGAGGAAGAUGAACCAUGCAUGAUGGGAUAUCCCAGUAUACAUCUCUGCCAGCAGUUUGGUUUUUUCAAAGAAAAACUCACAACCUCCACAAAACUGUUUGUAAAAAUAUAAUGCGUCUGACUAAAUUGUGAACAACCUCAUCUAUGUUUUACUUUUCAAUUGAGUCACUGCGGUAGGUAUCCAUUACAUCGAAAGGACAUUAUAUUAAUUAUAUUAGAUUCCUAUUUAUUGUGAUUUCUUUUUGGGGGAUAAUCCUUUUGGAUACAUUUUACAUUUUUCUUUUUGUCCUGACGUCAGUUGUCAUAUUCGUCAUACUUUUGAGUGUUCCUUAAAUAGUAAGUAUUAUUUACCCUGCAGUUAUUACUGUGUAAUGAAAGAUAUCUCCUGCAUUAAACAAGCAGGUACCAGCAUGUCUCUGAUUGUAGUUUUCUGUGAGUGAGUCGGCUGCCCUGAUGAAGUGCGCGGGCACUGGGCUGGCACGCACUAGCGGGCUGGCUACCCGUCCGUGCCCCCGUUUCAUUCAGGCACUCUCUCAGAGGAUGGGCGCACGAGGCACGGAUAUAACUGUGAAUUAAAUGAUCUGACAAUAUUGAGAAUUCCUGCGCUAAUGGGUAUUGUACAUCCCACCAGACACUCACGUUAUGAUUUUAAUGAGCCAUUUCCAUAGGGUCUUGGCACUAAUUGGACCCAGCUGGUAAUUUAUGGAGGUUUGUGAAAAUGGCUUUUGUUAAUACAAGGAACAUAUAAAAGUUGUGAAGGCUUUUUGGGAAAAGGUUAAGAGAUCCUGAAGAAUCAAGACCGUUUUAUUAUUAUGGGGGUAUGUAAUUGUCUAUGAUUUUGUAAAUCUUGUAAAAAAAUUUGUAAAACCUUUCAAUAAAUCUCAAAAUGAUCAGAUGUA